CUGACCGGGGACCCGGGCAUGGCGCUGCGGAGGGGCGGCGGGGCGCCGGGGCUGCUGCUGCUGCUGCUGGGCACCGCGUGCCUGACACCGCCGAGCGCGCAGGUGAGGCGGCUGGUGCGCUGCCCCGCCACUUGCAGCUGUACCAAGGAGUCCAUCAUCUGCGUGGGCUCCUCCUGGGUGCCCAGGAUCGUGCCGGGCGACAUCAGCUCCUUGAGCCUGGUAAAUGGAACCUUCUCAGAAAUCAAGGACCGGAUGUUUUCCCAUCUGCCUUCUCUGCAGUUGCUAUUGCUGAAUUCUAACUCAUUCACAGUCAUCCGGGAUGAUGCUUUUGCUGGACUCUUUCAUCUUGAAUACCUGUUCAUUGAAGGGAACAAAAUAGAAACAAUUUCAAGAAACGCCUUCCGUGGCCUCCGUGACCUGACUCACCUUUCUCUGGCCAACAACCACAUAAAAGCACUCCCAAGGGAUGUCUUCAGUGAUUUAGACUCUUUGAUUGAACUAGAUUUGAGGGGCAAUAAGUUUGAAUGUGACUGCAAAGCCAAGUGGUUGUAUCUGUGGUUGAAGAUGACGAAUUCCACUGUUUCUGAUGUCCUGUGUAUCGGUCCGCCAGAAUAUCAGGAAAAGAAGCUGAAUGACGUGACCAGCUUUGACUAUGAAUGCACAACUACAGAUUUUGUUGUUCAUCAGACUCUGCCCUACCAGUCCGUUUCAGUGGAUACGUUCAACUCCAAGAAUGACGUGUACGUGGCCAUCGCUCAGCCUAGCAUGGAGAACUGCAUGGUGCUGGAAUGGGACCACAUCGAAAUGAAUUUCCGGAGCUAUGACAACAUUACAGGUCAGUCCAUCGUGGGCUGCAAGGCCAUCCUCAUCGACGAGCAGGUCUUUGUGGUGGUGGCCCAGCUCUUCGGCGGCUCUCACAUUUACAGAUACGACGAGAGCUGGACCAAGUUUGUCAAAUUCCAAGACAUAGAGGUCUCUCGCAUUUCCAAGCCCAACGACAUCGAGCUGUUUCAGAUCGAGGACGAGACGUUCUUCGUCAUCGCCGACAGCUCCAAAGCCGGCCUGUCCACCGUGUACAAAUGGAACAGCAAAGGAUUCUACUCGUACCAGUCCCUGCACGAGUGGUUCAGGGACACGGAUGCUGAGUUUGUGGACAUAGACGGGAAGUCACACCUGAUCCUGUCCAGCCGCUCCCAGGUCCCCAUCAUCCUCCAGUGGAAUAAGAGUUCCAAGAAGUUUGUCCCCCACAGUGACAUCCCCAACAUGGAGGACGUGCUGGCUGUAAAGAGCUUCCGGAUGCAGAACGCCCUCUACCUCUCCCUCACGCGCUUCAUCGGGGACUCCAGGGUCAUGAGAUGGAACAGCAAGCAGUUCGUGGAGAUCCAGGCUCUGCCCUCCCGGGGGGCCAUGACCCUGCAGCCCUUUUCGUUUAAAGAGAAUCACUACCUGGCCCUGGGGAGCGACUACACGUUCUCCCAGAUAUACCAGUGGGAUAAAGAGAAGCAGUUCUUCAAAAAAUUUAAGGAGAUUUAUGUGCAGGCGCCUCGUUCCUUCACAGCCGUCUCCACUGACAGGAGAGAUUUCUUUUUCGCAUCCAGUUUCAAAGGGAAAACAAAGAUUUUUGAACACAUAGUUGUCGACUUAAGUUUGUGAGGGUAUGAUUGGUGAAGUUAAAAGACACGUAGCUUUAGCUCUUACAUGAAAGAACUGAGGGUGGGGGCGGGGGGAGGAAAGAAGCCAGGUUCACAUCUCUGAAACUGAAAAUGCAUUAGGGAAAUAGUUAGAAGUUUGCAAACUUUUAGAACUCAUAUUUUAAUCAGGGAUUGCAUUUAUUGGCUAACUGCAUGACACGUUCAUUCUCCCACUUAAAAAGACGUCCUAAAGCCUGUAAUUACUGAGAAAAGAGUACAGAAUUAACUCUUACCAUCUAGGAAAGUAAUAAGCUUUUUUUUUUUCUUUUUAAUGAGGAAGGAGAAAACUCGAUAAGUUGGGACCGCUCUUAUAAUGGAAUAAAAACAAACAAACAAAAAGACCAAACACACUUUGGGCCCUCCUCAUUCCAUUGUAGCAGUCUAUUGGGUAGGAAUGCUUAAAAAAAUCAGAGACAGCAGAAAAGAAUUGCUGAUGAUCAGUUUAAAAUCUGAUAACAACUCAGCAGUGCUAUUUUGAGCCUUUCCAGUUUCCUGAAUCCCCCCUAAUAGCAGAGCCUUGAUUAUUUCUUUGGUUCCUAUAGAUGGAUCUUCAUCAUGGGUGUGUUAACAAAAUAAGGUUUAACAUUGCUUUCUCUGCUACAAAGAAAGUAUUCUGCUGACAUACAUAGUGGUCCAUCACAGGCUGCAGGCUCAGAAGUGAGACGAAGGUGAUUCCCACUCUACUUGUGGUUCAAAGCUGACCCCCACAGUGGCCAGCACAGUCGAGCUCAUUUAAUGCUCUCCAUGACUCAUGUGCGUCUCUGGGCCCGUCCUUUGAGUGUGUGGGUAACCUGCAGACAGGCCAACGACUGAGUGGUGCUUUUUAUUCUGUCCGAGAGCAAUAGAACAGGUAUUUUCAUCUGAUGAGCAUCUGGUAGAGUUUUUGAAGUCAGAUUUUGUGGAGUCAAAAAGGGUUUUGUACAACUCUCAACAUUCUUUGAAACCUAGAGAUGAGUCUGUGAUGGAUGCAUGUUUUGCCCUCUGGGCAACUUAGUAUGUCAAGUAAUUGAAAUACUGCCUACCUCCCUGCCUCUCUGCCUACCCCCCUGCUCCUGUUCCAGUCCUGCUUGAUCUGUUUGCUGGUACUUCUGCCGCCAGUCCAGUCCUUCUGAAGGUGCUGCUCCAUCAAACUACAGAGCCCCGGUAUUCAUGGUGGCAGUGUCCCUUCCUCUCCCAGCCCAUUAGCAGCGGAAACCCACAGCCUCACAUGGGGUCAUGUGCCGGCAAGGGCUCACCCUGUACAGGCUGGGCUCUGGUGGGUGGGGGUCUCAGGCUGAUCCAGAGGGACCAGGUUUGGAGCCAGACACCGUGAAUCCCCAUCCACACUCAGGGGACACGGUGACCUCUCUGGUCUGGACAGUGUGGGCAGCUCAUGGGGUCUGGUUUUGUAGGAGGUCCCAGUGGAUAGUCUGCCUGGCUAUGGGGUUCUCUUCAGAGUAUGUGAAGUGGAAGCUUUCAGGGGUGGUUCUCCAGCCAGUUCUCUUCUGGCUGCGAAAGUAGCACACUCAUCUUCUACUGUAUUGCUGUUUUUUAAUGAUUGUUUGCCAAGUCAUGAGUAGGUAGAUGUUUUGUCACAAAUAUGAAUGUGUUUGUUGUUUCCAAACUUUGAGCAAUGCAGAUCGAGGCAAUAAAUAGCACUUAGAGAACGAUGCCCAGGGUCACAGCAGCUCUCUUGGGGACGUUCUGGGACUGCAGGCUCAGGGCUUCCAGCCCAGCUCACCCACACACAGUAGCGUUGCUGCUCCAAACUUUCCUACUAAACAUGAGUGAACAGGGGAAAAAGUGGCUUGUUUUCAUUUUUAAGCACAAAUCAUUCUUCUGUGUUUUUGCCUUCCUGGUUUAUUUGAAUUGACUACAAAUAUCAGAUCCUCAGGCUCUCUAGGUGGCUCAGUGGUAAAGAAUCUGCCUGCUAAUGCAGGAGAUAUGGGUUCA